AUGCAUUUCAGAUACUGCUUUGCGGCCUUGUUCCUAGGGUCCAGCCUAGCAAGCGCUAUUCCUGCUCCAGAUAAUGCAGUGAAACGUGAUCCUAGCCUUCGUUUGAUCAAGACAAGUCCAUCGGAUCCUGGUACCUGGGUGACAGAGGAGGAUAAGAUUUCCAAGUAUCGAGCGAAGAAUGUCAACUUCAUCGACGUCACAGAUAUCAAGGAUCCGGUCACUCUCAAACUCCUGAGUGGCUCAGGGGCCGACAACGCACGGGCUGCUGCCGUAGUAUACCCAACCACCAUCUCACAUCAGACUCAAGCCAAUGGCUUCAUUGCCAGUGCCAAUACGACUGGUCCCAAGAGCUGGUUGAAAACCCUCAGCGACUUCUUCAAUCGCUACUAUAAGUCCUCCUACGGCACCCAAUCUGCCACCUGGCUCUUCAACACCGUCAAAUCUGUCGCAUCCGCCAACCCCGCAAUCACCGUCUCCCAGUUCACCCACUCAUACGCCCAACCAAGCAUCAUAGCCCGCCUUCCCGGCACCUCCUCCAACCUCGUAAUCGUCGGCGCCCACUUCGACUCAACCGGUGGCUCUUCCACCGCUCGUGGCCCAGGCGCCGACGACAACGGCUCCGGCGUCGUCGUCAUCCUCGAAGCUAUGCGCGUCCUCGCAAAUGCCAAAUUUGCUCCAAAAGACACGCUGGAAUUCCACUUUUACUCCGGCGAGGAGGGUGGACUGCUCGGCUCAGCGGAUGUAUGGCGCUCAUACAAGUCGCAGGCGAAGCCUGUGCUUGCGUUUGUGAAUACUGACAUGGCGGGGUACUCGCCGUCGGGGAAAAUCAGUGUAUAUAAUGAUUAUGCGGAUACGGGACUGACGGCGUAUGUGCGGAGAAUUGUGAGUGGGUAUAUUGGGACUUCGACGCAGGAUACGUGUGGAUAUGGGUGUUCAGACCAUGCGAGUGCGUAUUCCAAUGGUUUUCCGGCGGCUUAUGUAUGCGAUGAGCCGGACGCGACGAGUGAUCCGUAUAUUCAUAGUCCGAGAGAUGUGAGUGCGGCCUUGUCUGAAGCUAAUAUGCAUGGUAAGAAGGCUGACGAAGGGACAGACUUAUGA